AUGCCGCUCUUGCCACCACAACCAAACCAAGAAUUCCUUACGUCCGCCAAAAUACUCCUCUACUUUAUCCUCCCAAUAUCACUAUCAAUCUACCUAAUCCCAACAUUCAUAUCUCCAGAAUUAUUCAGCUACGUUCAAACAAACUUCCGAGUCAUCCUCCUAUCGAGACAAUUUUGUCAAGUUAAGCCACAACAAUGCGAAGUUCUACUAGACGCUAAUUUCGGUGACCCCAAGUUGCUAUACCGUCAAGUAUUUCAUCACUACGAUUUGAUCUACGUUGUGAACAAGUAUUUGUGGACAUGGGACAUCCUCGUGACGAAAAUGAUCUUGUCAUCACCCGUGAAAUAUGUCUUGCUCAAAUUGGUGCAUUUACGAGGCUUUGAAGAUGAGACUGAAUAUUGGGAAAUCACGCAAGAGACUGUCCAUAUCGUUCUCGCAAUUUUCAAUACUUCCAUCUUUCAUGUGAUUAUGGGAGUCUUGGUUUCACGAAUGUGGAUGUUCUUUGUAGUGGGUGUGGUGUUGACUAUCUUGGAGCCAUGGGAGAAAUUGGCUGGUCCAAUUUGGAAUUUAUUACAAUCGGCAAAUAAUGUGUUUUGA